AUAAACCCACGGGGAAUGGCGGGGACUCGAACCCGGGCGGCGAGGCAACCACGCGACGGACCACAGGCUGGAACCCGGACACUCGGACAGAUAACCCCGUGCCUACACAGAGGCCAGUGACCACCCCCCGCCCGGUCAGGCCGAGCCGCGACCCUCCGCGCACCACCACCAACACUGUGCCCUCUACCCGCUCCACCACCCCGAGGAGACCCUCAGUUGAUCCCACAGACCCCGACAAAGAUGGCGACCCAGUCCCCGGCUCGGACGGUUUCCCCGACGAUAACACGGUCAUCCGAGACGGCGACGGCCCCAACAUCAACUCUGGCGUCAUCGCGGACAACGGGGACGGCGCCAACGCCAACUCCGCUCUUUCCUUACAUAGCCAUUAUCUCCCCUGCCUGCUGACGGCAGUUGUCUCCCUCUCGCUUCUACUCCGGCUGGUCACGGGUCGGUAGUAGAGGGAGGAGGCCCGCCUAGCUUGUUUGUUUCCUUGUUGCCCAUUUCUUUGUGCUGUAAAGUAAGAUGUUAUGUUUGUGCAUGUAUGCGUGGGUGUUUGGGUUUUUGGAUGUGUGUGUUUGUUGAGUAAAAAUGCUCCCUCCACCCCCUGCACCCCCCAGGGGGGGGUCUGUGUAGGGGUAUUUGUGUGGGAAUGUUUGUGUGACGUGUGUGUGUCUAUCUGUGUGUCAGUACCUGCGAGCGAGAGUUGGGAACUGUACAGGUAGCAUCCCAUCAGAGAAAAGAGACGCGCACCGCAUUACGAUGGCUUCGUUCAGGGAACCUUUAAGCCACCAAACUUUACGAAUACAACGGUUUUCUUAUGCUAUGCCAUCUCUUAUGAUAUUAUCAAUUACCCUUUUUUUUUCUGUGACCCUUUUUUUCCCGUUUGUCCUGAUGAAGUUUUGUAUUUUUUGACAAGCUUUUUUUUUUAAAACUUGUUGCGAAAUAAUUAACUACCUGGUAUUUCGAUUACGAUCAAAGGAGAGAUAGUUGAACAAGAGGCAGUGAGACUCGGAGAUGGGAUUGAUUAAUCAUAUCCAGCAGGAAGGUAAGAAUCUGAAGAGCUAGUUCCAGUACGUUUGAUUACACCAUGCAUGAUGAAUAACAAUCUCAAGGUCAGUUGCUGAUGAUUGUUUUGGUUUACUAGGACUGGAGUUAUUUUUGUAUUUUAUUAAUUGCUUGUAGCAAAGCAAAAGCAUACAGUCAUACUGUUGCCGCUCCAUGUUCUGAGUCUUAAAAAGAAAAUAUACAGCAUUAUAGUGCUAUAUUAUAUUUAGUCAGAUUUGAAUUUUGAGAGCUAUAUCUACCAAAAUUUUUCUUACCUAAAAGUGAUUUGAAGUGGUUUGACCAUUUGUAGAUUCUACAAGUAGACAGUUAGAGACACCGUGAACUUCCAUUCUAAUGUUUUCUUUUUUUUUCUUUUUCAAAUAGGUUUAAGAUAAUGGAAUGGCAUGCAGAGUUGUUUAUGCCUUGCUUCUUUCUUUUUUCUUUUUCAAAUUCUAAAUUUAUGUUCGGCAACUGAAUGGCUAAGUUGUAGGCCUAGACCUCACCGAAGAAAUAACUAAUGUAUAUCCAGAGAUAUGUAUAGUAACAAAAAUAUAUUGGAUUGUAAGUAGAUUUCGUGGGGGGGUUGUGGUGACAGAUUAUCAUGGCAGAAUUUGUGAAAAAAUAUUUUAUUGAUAAAGUUAAAGAGGAAAUAAGUCCCCAUCUCUUCCUGUCCUCUGCCUUUUGUCCUUUAUCUCCCCUUGUUGAGUUACCAAAGGGAGAGUACCAGAGUUUGUUCCCCUUCUCCGACGUCUGUCUCGACUACCAUGGAUCUGCCUUUUGAAGAGCUGACUCACUCUACGUUUUGUGUGAGGGAGAAGAUUGUCCUUGUUUGGGAGAUUUUUUUGUUUUUUUACUCCCCAUGUUUUCAUAAUUUUGGUUGAGAUCUCCCUGUUGAACAGGGAAAUUUUCCUGGAUUGAGAUACACUUUACUACAAAAAGUGGGCGUAGAUUUUGUUGUUGUUGAUUUGGAAUUAUUUGAGGGGCUUUAUUAUCAUAUUUCUUUAAUUAAAAAAACGUUUUCUUUUUUAGAUUUUUAAAAAACUACCCCAUACUGAUUCAGUCAGUAAGGUGCGGUUUGACUUGUGAAUUUUUAUUUUUAUGUGUUGUUUCAUUGUUGUUGUAUAUGUUUUUUGCUGCUUGCGAAGUUGAAAUCCAUGUUUUUUGCUCUGAAUUGUAUUCUGGAAGUACUUGUUUACUUCUUUGCUAAUAAUUUGUUGUUUAUUGUUGACUGCAUUUGAUUUCUCUGGGGUUGCCUAUGAUGAGCUUCAGCUCUUGACUUGAUCAACAGAACGGCUACGUCAUCACCUCGGAGUUUGGAGGCUUUGGUCGUUUGGUUUUGGGGGUUUUUUUCUUUAAAUUACCCUCAACUUUCAAGAAGACUUGGGGGGGGGGGGGGGGGGGGGGAGGGGGAGGGA